AUGGACGGCGAUGGCGUCUGUGGAGAUGGGUCGCAGCACCUUUUACCUGCUAGUGUCGAGAUUGUCAGGCCGUCAGAGCAGUUUAAGCAGCCGUUGAAGACGCUGUCAAAAAGCCAAUCGCCAGAUGAUCAGCAGUUUCCCCCCCAUAAUUUGCCAGUACACAUCUCAGGGGCCAACGUGCAGUCACGGUCGUCUACGGAGAUGCUUGUUAUCGUCAGGGCAGAUAACGGCACUGCCACUGCUUCCGAGUUCUGCCCACUCCAGGUUGACUGCCGGCUGCUCACAUCAGCAGCUUCCGACGGAAAAUCCCCCUCGCCCCUAUACUCGAGCAUGGAGCUGUCAUGUAUACGCUCUAAUGCGAACUAUGGAGACUCGAAUCGCCCACCUUUCAUAGGGUUGGGCUAUAUCGCGUGGGCUAUGCAGACUAUCGGAAACUCUCACGUACAUGUACGCAAGGCCACCGACGGCCCGCAUCGAGCUAUUAUGCGCAGAGUACAUGUAGCUGCGUCCAACAACAAGCUGUUGGGCAACACAUUCCUCGGCUCAACCAAGCUCCGAUUUCUCUCUUCGUCUUCUCAUAAGGAGCUUUCAAUUUCCGGGCUCCCGGUAACCAAUCGCCAAAAUACACAUCACAAAGAAGAAAAAACUUUUUCCAACAUCUCCGGUGAGAUUGGUGCAGCGACAGGGCCAACAGCGACAGCCGUUCCAGCUACCUGGAAACGAAGGGAUCUGAAAUUUGGAUGA